GAGAGAGAGAGAGAGAGAGAGAGAGAGAGAGAGAGAGAGAGAGAGAAAGAAAGAGAGACUAAACUAAAUUACAAGACAUCACUAAUACAAGAGAUCGCUGGACUCACUCACUCACCCACUCACUCAAGAGUGGGUUAAAAGCUGAUCCACACCCACACAAUGCCAUUAGACAUUAACCACACACACACACACACACAUAACCAUUGAUAUAUACAUCCAAUAUUGAGUGAUAUUAGGAUCAGCUGUUUGAUUGAUUGGCUAACACCACACCCACACACACCCGACACAACACCAAUGUUGCCAACUUCGGGCUACUUUCGGGACAUUACGUGUCCAUAUUUGCGUAUGGGUUUGUGCGAACGCGGCCACUGUCACUAUAGGCACGACCAGCGCUACGAAGUUGCGGCCAAAACAAAGCCGCCGCCGCCGCGUAUCGGCAGCGGCUGUGGUGGCGGCGGCAGUCACUCAUCGAUAAUACCCGAUUACGUGCCGACACCAGUUGCCAAACUAAAGCUAACGUACAGUACGUAUUCAUCCGUACAGCCGACGACUGAUUUGAUGACCACAACAACGACCUCCACUACUACUACUGCGACUACAUCUGUCACCGAAAAGUUGUCCAAAAAGACGUCGUCAAAGUUCAAGAAUAUCUACGAGAAUAUACCGGAGUAUAAGCCGACACCGAUUAGCCAAUUGAAACGCCAGAAUGUCGGCAAACAGUACGGCGACAGUGAACCACAAUUUUCCGACUCCGAUGACGACGCCAACGAUGACAACGGUGUCAGUGAUGCAGUUGUUGUCGUAAAGAAACCGAAGAUAAAAUCAUCGGUGAGUUCAUCGGACGAGUCGGUGAUUAGCCAGAGAUCGUCAAAGACGUCAAGUAAAACUAGUGAUACUAACAGCAAAUCAGAUGGUGGUAAACAACUAAGAAAUAAUAAUAUUACCGACAAUAGUAUUAAGACAAUCAAAGACAAGACAAACAAUAGUUCCCAUAAUAAUAAUAAUAAUAAAGUUAACUCAAAAACAAAGUCAUCGACAAAAUCAAAAUCAAUUGAUAGUAAAAAUGGUGACAAAAUUAGUGAUAAUAAUAAUAAAGUUAAGACAACUAAGACUAAGACUAGUUGUGUUGAUAAUCAUAAUAUCUAUGACUUUGAUGACAACGAUGACGACGACUAUGACAGCAAUGAUGAUCUGAUCUCAAGUCUAAACAAAAUUAGUGGACAAAACACUAGUAAUAGUAAUAAUAAUAUUAAGCGAAAGAAAUCGUUUGACGAUUUGCUGUCAUCGGCUGAUGGCAACACUACUUCUUCUACUUCUUCCAUAUCGGCCAACAAUGACAACAAAAAGAUACGGAUAGCCCACCAAAGCAGCCACCAAAUGACAUCGACAUCACUAGCGAAUCGGCCGAAAAAAGGUUUACGACUGACGCCGGCACAGGUAAUGCAACAGAGAUUUGCCAUUCAGGCCAACAAAAAAACUUUGAGCACCAGUUCCUCCUACUCCUCCUCCUCAUCGACUACUUCAUUGUCAUCAUUAUCAUCCACUACUACUACUACUACAACAAGUGAUAGCAAUACUACUACUACUACUUCUACAGUCAAAUCGAAACUCAACGCCAGUACUACCGUCGGUGGUAAGACCCGCGUAGCUCACCGGCCCGUGACUACUACUAACAAUAAAGUGAUGGCCAAAAGCGAAACGACAAGUUCUACGGUAGCGGCCAGUCCUGGCGGCGGCGGCAAGAAACGGAUAGCACACACGCCUAGUACGGCCAAAAGGCCGAUGAUUAUCGGCGGCGUCGGCAAUAAAAUACCGGCCAAAUUGCGUCAAUUAUAUCUGAAUAAGUUUAUCGACGAAUAUCUGGUCUAUUUGGCCGAAGAGGAAGCAUUCAAAAGAGGAUUACUCAGCGAAAAGAUGUUAUACGAUCGGAGCAAAUCCGAGUCCAUCUAUAAAGUGUUGUCCGUACACGAGGUCAAGAAAAUACGUAAUGAAGCCCAACUGUCCCAACCGACUACCGGCACCGGCAACAAAUUGAUGACCACUACCGCCGACAACAAAAAGUUAGGCAAUACACUGGUCUCGCACGAAGCCAUACUGAACGGCAAGAUUACGGGUACAUUCAGUGUCGAACGCCGGCCGAAAUCGUUGACCGCCGACGACCUGACCGAUCUCGAGCUCUAUCGUAUGCUCGAACCGUACGUACUAUCGGAACAAUCGCUGGCCGACUAUGGCUAUCCCCGGCAAAACCCCGACAAACGUGGAUCGGCUAUACUGCCGAAGAUUACGACAAAAAUUUUGAAUAACUACUCGACCCAGAUGCGUACCUGUGCCCGUUGCCAGAAAAUGUAUACUGUCCAGGACGAUGAUGACGAGAUGCCCAGCCGACGGGAAACCUGUAUCUAUCAUUGGGGUCGGCUGUGGAACGAGCGAUUCAAUCGGGCCAUUGAACGAAAGUAUUCGUGUUGUAAACUGGACGCCGGUUCGAGUGGUUGUACCAGUAAUGCCUACCAUAUUGUCGACGGUUUCGAUAGGCCCGACUAUUGCGACGGUUAUGUACGGACGUUGCCGUUGAAACCGCCGCCGCAGUCCAACUAUUACGGUAUCUAUGGUCUCGAUUGCGAAAUGUGCUAUACAACCCAUGGACUCGAGCUAACCCGUGUAACCAUUGUCAAUGCCAAACAGCAGACCAUCUACGAAUCGUUGGUAAAGCCAACAAAUCCCAUACUAGACUAUAACAGCAAGUUUUCGGGUAUCAAAGAAUCAGAUCUACGUAAUGUGACCACCCGUCUGACGGAUGUCCAACGUCGGCUACAAUCAUUGUUCAACGAUAAGACCAUACUGAUUGGCCAUUCGUUGGACAGCGAUCUGAAAGCCCUGAAACUAAUACACCAUACGGUUGUCGAUACCGCUCAAGUUUUCCCCCAUAAACGUGGUCUGCCAUUCAAACGGGCCCUCCGGACCCUUACGGCCGAGUUUCUCCAUAAGAUUAUCCAAGACGACGUUGAUGGUCACGACAGCAAAGAGGACGCAACAGCAGCUCUCAAACUGAUGCUCUGGAAAGUAGCCGAAGAUCUCAAACGAUACAAACGAUAGUAUCGUUUCGUGUCGUGUCAUAUGUUUUAAGACAUACACCACAACUUCUUCACACACACACACACACACACACACAGCGUGUCUUCAAUAAAAAAAACAUUGAUUUAAGUGAUUAUAUCAUUUGACUAUCACCUGAAUAGGAUCUACUAAUUAAUUAAUUAUUAUUAUUAGUUACUAAUUAUUUUUGUUUGUUUUUUUCUUUAAAAAA